AAAAACAAACAAAAAAUUGAAAACAAAUUGUAAGGAAAGAAUAUUUUUUUGUAUUAAUAUAAAUUUAAAUAGCGUAUAAAAUAUGGAGAAUUGUUUAGGAAUAGAGGAUAAUAUGUUGCAUUUCAGUAAAUGUGGAGAGAUUUUCUAUGACACUCUGACAACUCCGGAUAUAAGCGUGAGUUUUCAUUGCUCAUUUUGUCGGAAAACGUUUGUGGACCUGUUUGCUUUUCUAAGACAUCUAAAAAAUGAUCAUUAUAUACCACCUGCAUCUAUUACUGCGGAAUUUCCUUCAUCAAUUGUUAAAGAAGAACCGCGAACCGAAGAAACUUCACUUUUAAUUGUUAAACAAGAAACUCAGACGGAAGAAAUACCUCUUUUAAUAGUUAAGCAAGAACCUCAGAUACAAGAAACUCCUCUUGUAAUUAUAAAGGAAGAGCAUCAGAGAGAGGAUAUACCUUUGGUAAAUGAAAGCAAUGGUAGCGAAUAUAUAGUGGAAGAUGCGAGUUCUUUAUUGGAAUGCGUUUUGAAAGGCAACGAAGUGAGAAUUGAAAAUGAUCACGAAUUGCAAGACCAAUCGUCUGACGAUUGCGAUUUACAAUCUAAACGAAUCGGAGAAAAUCGUAAACCUAGAGAAUAUGCUUGUCCCCAAUGCCCGAAAGUAUUCAAAAAGAAAUGGGAUCUUAAACAGCAUUUGCAUAUACACGAGGGCAUGAAACCGUAUCAAUGCGAGCACUGUCUAGUUUCGUUUGCGAGCAAAUCAAAUCUCAUAUCCCAUGUGAAACGGCACAACGAAGAAAGAUCUUUUGAAUGUCAUUAUUGCACGCGCAGUUUUACUUCUACCAAUGAACGUGACAUUCACGAGCGCUCUCAUACCGGUGAGCGGCCCUAUGUGUGCGAAUUGUGUGGAAAAGAUUAUACGGCUGCAUCGCAUCUAAGCAAUCAUCAACGAAGAGAGCAUUUAGAUGAGGGGAAUUUCGUCUGCGAUAUAUGUGAAAAACGCUUUAUCCGAGCUAGCCAAUUGCGAAUGCAUCACUCGAAUAUUCACUCCGAAGUGCCGCGUAAUCAUAUCUGUAUGAUUUGUAAUGCGGCAUUUAAAAAGAAAAUUACAUUAACGCAACAUCUAAGAAUUCAUAGAGAAAAAACUUAUAAAUGUUUAGAAUGUGGGAAGAAAUUUGCCCAACAUUCCGGUUUAUAUUCGCAUCGAAAAAUUCAUGAAAAACAAAGAGAAUCUUUAUUAACCGAAAAAAUAAAACAAGAAAAUUCAGAAGAGGUCUUUGGACGAUGA